GCUCAAGCCAGAGUCCAAACGCUCGUUCAACGCCCAUUCAACGCUCGAGCAACGGCUGAUACCGACAUGAACCGUAAGCUGGAGCUCAUGGAGCUGGACAGCGGCGGCGCCAGCCCUAACAGCAGCAACAGUGGAAGCCCCAGUCCGACUCUCGACCUGCUGCAUCGCUCUGAUUCGAGUAGCAGUAACCAGGGGGGUGAGAUGCCUCUUGUCGGGGUUGCCCACAACCCAGACCUGAGUUAUUUGAGGGCAACUGCAACACAUGGAGGCAGCAGCACGACCAGCAGCAAGUAUGGCAGCCCCGAGGAGUCAUUUGGUGAAGAGGACGAGGACAACAACAAGAAGACGGCGCGUCGCAAGACCGACUCCAACAGCAAGCGUCCGUGGACACGCGAGGAGAAUGACAAGCUCAUGCAACUCGUCAAGCAGUACGGCGCCAAGCGCUGGUCUCUCAUCGCCAUGCACCUGCCAGGCCGUGUCGGUAAGCAAUGCCGUGAGAGAUGGCACAACCACUUGAAUCCGUCGGUCCGCAAGGACGCAUGGACGGCUGAAGAGGACUAUGUCAUCUUCGAGUGCCACAAGAAUGUGGGCAACCAAUGGGCCGAGAUUUCCAAGAUGUUGCCUGGCAGGACGGACAAUGCCAUCAAAAACCGCUACUACUCGACCAUGCGUCGCAUGCAGAGGCAGUCAAUCCGCAAAAAAGGUCCCAUGCGUGAUGGCAAGAGCAUCCGCGUGGCGUCAGUCACGUCGUCUCCCGUGCAAAACAACAACCAAAUGGGUCCUGCUCCCAGCCAGCGAUCUUUGACUGGCAUGCAACACCAGUUGCCACCGCAACAACAGCUUCCGCACCGAGGGGUGAGUUUCCAAUCCACAUAUCAACGGCUCUUCUCGGAGGCCUCUGGGGACGCCGCACGCGAUGGCAACUCGAUAGUGGACUUUGAACGUUCAAACAUGAUGUCCGCAUCACUACGACAACCCACGAUGGUCUACCCGCUAAACGGAGGUAGCUUUUCAAACGGGAUGAACCCGGACUAUAGUCGUCCCAUGUCCAUGACGUCGUCUCCCUGCUCGGUGUCCCCCGCCGAUGAUCUGAAUCAUAACAGCCAGAACGAGACCUUUGACUACGUUCCGAUGCAAUCUUCGAUCCAGCGUCAACAGCCUGGCAACUACAUGAUGGCAGGAAACCCAUAUUCUAACAACAACGUGCGUGGGAUGUACUUUGGGACGUCUGGGCUUGCUCAGCAAUACCGUCCUGAUGCCCCUGUAAACGUCCCACACAAGCGCCUCCUCGACGUCCAGGGUUCACAACGUGAUAUGUGGAAGAAUGAUAGCCCUGUAUCGGUAGCAGCACCGAUAUUCCGCGGUAUGCCGGCGACGCACAUGCAGCAAGGUCAAGUCAGCGAACCGAUGGCAUUGCAGCAGUCCAAGCCAGCUUCCAUGCCACUGUAUAGGCAAGCGCCGAAUAUGGGUCACUUCAACAGCAUGGAGCAGUUUGAAAAAGGCGCCAAAACAAGCUAA